AUGAACAAUGCACAGGAGGGGCAAAGCGAUCCAGGCUUAACCUACAACAUGCAGCAACAGAAUGAAAAUGAAAAUGUGCUGACAAAGGAAGAAAGGCAAAUACAAGAGCUGCAGCGAGAAUUGAAAGAAGCAAAAUCAACAAUAGCGAAACUGCAAUGGGAAAAUGAGCUGCUCCAGGAAAGGUGUAGAGAGUAUGAAGCUGUGCCCGCAGAAUUUUCCGUUGAUAGAUUUAAGGAUGAUGAUGACAGCUUUCAAUUUUACACUGGGCUGCCCAGCUAUGGAGUCUUCAAAGCCCUUCUUGACUACCUUGGUCCAGCAUCACAAGACGAGGGUAUGCCAUAUGACGACCAACCAGCAUUUUCCCGGCGGGGUCGAAAAACUGUUCUCAGCACAGAGGACCAGUUGGUCCUAGUGAUGGUCAGACUAAAGCUUGGACUGUUCCAAAAAGACCUCGGGCAUCGUUUUGGCAUCCACCAGAGCACCAUGAGUAGACUCUGCACUGACUGGAUAAACUUCUUGUACCUACGUCUGUGUGAGCUACCACUAUGGGCCACCCGGGAAAUUGUUGACAAGAACAUGCCACGAGCCUUUGUGGAUAAGUAUCCAAGGACACGGGUCAUCAUUGAUGCCACAGAAAUAAGGUGUGAAGUCCCAAGUUCUUUUGUUCUACAGUCUGAGACAUACUCAAACUACAAAUCAUGCAACACAUUCAAAGGUCUGGUUGGAAUAUCACCAGAUGGCCUUGUCACAUUUGUGUCAGCUCUGGCUACAGGAUCCAUCUCGGAUAGAGAACUUGUCAAGAAAAGUGGAUUUCUUUCACUCCCGUUCACGGAGGGAGAUGUCGUCAUGGCAGACAAAGGCUUCACAAUCGGUGACCUUCUGGAACCACUGAAAGUGGAGCUGAACAUACCACCAUUUCUGAGACAACAACAGUUUGCAGAAGAUGACGUGCUGCAAACUGAAGCAAUAGCAUCACUCCACAUUCACGUUGAGUGCAGAAUUCAAAGGAUCAAAAUCUUCCACAUAUUCGAUCGUCGCAUACCCAUAACAAUGGCUCCCCUGAUCGAUCAGCUGUGGACUGUGUGUGUUAUACUGACUAACUUUCAAUCAUCUCUGAUAAAAGAUACCUGA